UAGAUUCGGGCUUAAUCUCUUGAGGGGUCGUGAGCGAGCGCUGGAAACCUUCGGAAAGAGCCGAAGGUCUGGACGGUUAGGAUUGUUGGAAGUGACCGAUUGCUUGGACAGGGCCAGCGAGGGGUGUGACGAGUCUCAAGGAAGCCAGAGACUGAGACGGUUUGAGUUGUAGGAAAAACCUGGACCUUUACAAGGGGCUGGCGUAGGGGAACGCGAGGACCCACGGAAUCCUCCGAACGUUGAGACGCUUGUCUCCGAAAAGUUACCGAAACUUGGGCAGCCUGCAAAAUUCUCGCAUUGGGUGGUUUCGAGGUUAGCCGCAGCCUCCUACAGACUUCUCCGUCUACAGUCCGAGAAUAGCCGUCUGGCUUCGGAGCCGGGCUCGGGGCAGUUCGCGGGGGGGGGGGGGGGGGGGGGGGGGGCGGGGGGGGGGAGUCGGGGGGGGGCGGGGGCUGGGGGGCUUGAUUAGGUAGACGAUUGAGUGCCGGCGGGGGCCGGAAGUAGCCGAAGCCAGCGGCGGAAGUAGCCGGAGCGGGCGGGCGGCAAGGCGAGGCGAGAGCUGCACAGGGCCCUACGCGGCCGCGUAAGCAUGUCGGACUUCGACGAGUUCGAGCGGCAGCUCAACGAGAAUAAACAAGAAAGGGACAAGGAAAAUCGCCAUCGGAAGCGCAGCCACAGCCGCUCUAGAAGCCGGGACCGGAAGCGCAGGAGUCGGAGCCGAGAUCGGCGUAACCGAGACCAGCGCAGUGCCUCCCGAGACAGACGAAGGCGAAGCAAACCUUUGACCAGAGGCGCUAAAGAGGAGCACGGUGGAUUGAUUCGUUCCCCCCGCCAUGAGAAGAAGAAGAAGGUGCGUAAAUACUGGGACGUGCCACCACCUGGCUUUGAGCACAUCACCCCCAUGCAGUAUAAGGCCAUGCAAGCUGCGGGUCAGAUUCCAGCCACUGCCCUUCUCCCCACUAUGACUCCUGAUGGUCUGGCUGUGACCCCAACGCCUGUGCCUGUUGUUGGGAGCCAGAUGACCAGACAGGCCAGACGCCUCUACGUGGGCAACAUCCCAUUUGGCAUCACUGAGGAAGCUAUGAUGGACUUCUUCAACGCCCAGAUGCGCUUGGGGGGAUUGACUCAGGCCCCUGGCAACCCAGUCCUGGCUGUGCAGAUAAAUCAAGACAAGAAUUUUGCCUUUUUGGAGUUCCGCUCAGUGGAUGAAACGACCCAGGCCAUGGCCUUUGAUGGCAUCAUCUUCCAGGGCCAGUCAUUGAAGAUUCGAAGGCCUCAUGACUACCAGCCACUGCCUGGCAUGUCAGAGAACCCCUCUGUUUAUGUGCCUGGUGUUGUGUCUACUGUAGUUCCAGACUCUGCCCACAAACUGUUCAUUGGGGGCUUGCCCAACUACCUGAAUGAUGACCAGGUGAAAGAAUUGCUUACAUCCUUUGGGCCUCUGAAGGCCUUCAACUUGGUCAAGGAUAGUGCCACAGGGCUCUCCAAGGGCUAUGCCUUCUGUGAGUACGUGGACAUCAACGUCACAGAUCAGGCCAUUGCGGGGCUGAAUGGGAUGCAGCUAGGGGACAAGAAGCUGCUUGUCCAGAGGGCGAGUGUGGGAGCCAAGAAUGCCACGCUGGUGAGCCUCCCGAGUACCAUCAAUCAGACACCUGUAACCCUUCAAGUGCCCGGCCUGAUGAGCUCUCAGGUGCAGAUGGGCGGUCACCCGACUGAGGUCCUAUGCCUCAUGAACAUGGUGCUGCCUGAAGAGCUGUUGGACGAUGAGGAGUACGAGGAGAUUGUAGAGGAUGUGCGAGACGAGUGCAGCAAGUAUGGGCUGGUCAAGUCCAUUGAGAUUCCCCGGCCCGUGGAUGGCGUCGAGGUGCCUGGCUGUGGAAAGAUCUUUGUGGAGUUCACCUCUGUGUUUGACUGCCAGAAAGCCAUGCAAGGCCUAACCGGCCGCAAGUUCGCCAACAGAGUGGUGGUCACAAAAUACUGUGACCCUGACUCUUACCACCGCCGGGACUUCUGGUAGAGGUGGCCGGGGGAGGGUGGGGGCAGGGCUGGCUGGGGACUUCACCCCCACCUGUCCCCCCCUCCUUUCUCCCCUCUGAAGAUGAUGGGCAGAGGAGUGACAGCCGAAUGACAGCCGGCAGCAACUGGAAUGGCAGCAAUUAUGGGGGGUGGGGGGUGGGGGGGCUAGGGCAGGAAGGGGACUGGGCAAGUGCACACAGGCCCACAUAGACACAUGCACCCACACAACAGACACAGAGGGAAGGGGCUGGGAUGGGGACUGUGUGCACAGCAGGGCGGGUAGGACCCCCACAGCCCCGUCUCAAACAGCCUCUUCUUAUCCCUUACACCCUUUUCCUCGGCCCUUUCCCCAUGGUAGGAACAUAGCGUGUUUAUAUUUUAUGGCCAAACUAUUUUGAAUUUUGUUGUCUGGCCCUCAGUGCCCUGCCCUCUCCCUCUGCAGGACCCGUCCUCUGGCUUUUGGUCCUUCCAGUUCUCCACCCUGGUUUCUUUAGUUGAUUCUUUAGCCUUUUCCUGACCCCCAACCCGUUAUCUCUGUCCCGCUCCUCCUCUCUGUGGCAGUUUCAUAUUUGCUAAUAAGAAUUUGCUCAUUAAACAUUUUGUUGUAUUUUA